AUGGCUGCCACCACUUUGCGCGCAGCCACCCAUCGCUUGACGACCACGCCGGUCGAUCAAUUGCCCUCGAUCGCUUUAUUUCUUGCGACUUCGCUGAGCGAUUGCGCCGAACUACUCUCUGCCCCGCAAACCCAAAAACCAGGCAAAUCGGACUCCGAAAAUGCGAUUCAAGUUCACAAGCUCAAGACUCGCCUGGCUAGUUUGCUGCAGGACCGCAGCGUGGAGGGUCGAUGGACCGCAGUGCUUCUGGUGAAAGCUACUGUCGAAGCGGGUCAAUGGGAGAUUCUGCGCGGUUACGAGCCGAUUGUUCGCAGUCUGAUUGGGAUCCUGGCGAAACCCGAUCCGGUGUCCACGAAGAAAAUGUGUAUAAUUACGUUGACGCGCAUCUUUCACCUUACCUACCAGUAUCCGACCCUCGUUCGAGAAAUCACCACUCCUCACCUCCCAGCAUUUGUCAAUGCCGCCUUGAACUUGGUCGCGACUUUGCAGAAAGUCCAGGGAGGUUCGAUCCGGGAGCCGAAGCCUAGCACGCCUUUCAUGGAAACGGUUCUGCAUGCCAUUUUGGAGUUGGUUCCUCGUCACCCGACAAUCUUCCGCCCAUUCGCCAGCCAACUUCGGUCUUUGGUUACCAGCAUUCUGAGCUUCCAACCGCCAGUAUUCUAUCCCGAGCCAGUAAUUGACGUCGCCGAACAACUGCUCGUCUCCCUCCACAAAUGCGCACCCAAGGACAAGUCGGGCUCUAGCUGGAAUGAAGAUUGCAGAUCGACCAUCGUUUCCGCCCACCGGUCUGCCGAUUUUGUCCUGCGGUCUGUAAAAGAGCAAUGGGAAUCUGUUGAUUCGACCUUGACAGCACCGCGACAGAACUACAACAAAGGAGUGUCGAUGGACGCUCCCGAUGACUUGGGACUUCACAGUUGGAAGGGAAUGCAUGCUGGAGCUGAUAGGCUGAUUGCACUUUUGCAAAUUCUGUCUGGUUUCAUCUCCAUGCCAUCGGCUACUGCAGUCGCUCUUCCUCUGGGGCCUACCCUCGACCUAAUUUCCCGGCUCAGUUCUGUGACUGUCCCAACAGGCGCCGAAGCAUCCUCAUCCGGUGUACAGGUUAACCCUCAGAUUGGCCGCGAGGAGCGUGAAAUGCUAUACGCUGAGCUGCCUCGCAUUCAUGUGGCUUGUAUGGACGUAUUGGCCCACGUUGUGAUCGUUCUGGAGAACAGCGCAGCUCCUCUUACUCAGACUAUGGUGGAGCAAGUCACUUGGGUAUUCCGAAAUGAACGUUUCAGCAGAGACGUGCGAAUGGCUGCCUAUGACUUGCUUAGCUCUCUGGUCUCUGUGAACGGCUCGGCUAUGACGAAGCAAACUGUGACCCCUAUCAUCCCUGUUAUUCGCGCUUGCUGCUCUGAUCUUCUUCCGGUGCCUGGAGACUCCGUUGUUGAAGCCAAGGCACAGUCUGAUCCCAAAUCCAAAUCAAAGCAGGGUCAAAGCGCAGUCAAUGCCGACUCCUUUUUGAAUCCUAACUUGCAAAAAGCCGGACAGUCUCAAAACGUCCACCGUUUCCCUGAUCUCGAACGCGCUGCUUCCGAGCUUCUGCAAAGUGUUCUUGCAUAUGUUCCAUCGGAGCUCCUGGCAUCUGUUCGAACUGACAUCGACCGUACAAUCAUUUUGACUGCCGACAAGGACGCAAUGCUUGCCAGCGUAUUGAAUCCCAUUCCAGCCAUUAAGGGCCGUGCGGCCGGUGCUAGCAUCAUCCCAUUUUUGGUCCAGGCUCACUCUGAUCAGAUGGAAGUCGAGGCUCUGGUCCGCCCCAGAAUGCCGGUUCUCAUGACUGCCCCGGAGCUGGACUCAUUUGCCGACGAGGAAGACGAGGAAGAUGAGGAAGAGAACGAGGAGAUGGCUGAUGAGCCAUACCAGGUUACGUCGAAGACUUCUGAUUUCUUGAAGGAACCGGUGGCCACCUCUACCGUGACUCAAAGGGCUGAGCCUGCGGCACCUUUACACAAGCGGACUUACGUCGAUGAAAUAACCGCUCAGCCGGCCAGUCUCACUUCGGCAUUGAAGGAGCCGGUGCAGACUAAAAAAGCCCGAUUCGAAGAAAGCGUUUCCAGCAAUAACGCUCCUUCGAUGAACCAGCCUUCUGCGAUGAUUACUCAAGUGUCUUCUUCAAUCUCUCAGCCUGCCAAGAUCGAGGCGACAAGUGGACCGAAGCCAGUCCAGGUUACCUCGCAAGUGUCUUCGACUUCCGUUGCCCCGCAGGUCCCGGCUGAGGCGUCCGCGGCUGUGGAUGAUAGCGACGACGAAUUGCCUACUCUGAAUAUGGACCCUGACACCGAGGAUGAGGAUGACGAUGAUGAGGACGUCAAUAUGGGAGGUUAA